AUGAAUGGUGACGAGCACAUAAUUCGUGAGCUUGGUCGACAGCGGGCACAAAACGCGUACUAUCGGGAUUGCUAUGCCCUGUUCAAAUCACUGCAAGACCUCGCAGAACAGACGUCCAACGAACUGCGGAGCAUCUAUAAAUCAGAUGGCGAUCAUUCGGCCUACUCCAUCCACCGGAUCUUAUGGCAGCUUCAGAACAAUGUUUCCGCCUUGAUUGAGCAGGCAUGCGAGGCGCAAGACACUUGCGAAGAGCUGUGCCCGGUUGACCUCGUCUUCUCCGCUCGGGACGUUUUGGAACCCAUAAAGAGGCUGUACAGCGAUGCAAAUACCGCCCCGCUUGGCAGACAUGCGAUCGGAGACAAGAAAUACUAA